CUCAUCAAUUCGACUACGCGUCAACCGUCCAACAUUCUCAGUGCACCGGUUGCCGAGUCAUAACACCGCUGCCAAGUCAAGCGAGCCUUCCAGCUUUCCCUGGCCGCUCUCCCUCUCAUUCAUUAGACACCCCUCCAAACAUCGAACCCCUCCACGGUGAAAGCUCCUUGACAUCGCCGAGCCCAACAUGGCGACUUUGAAUACUUCUACCAACGGUCCCACCAUAACGAGAAGCUACCAGAGUAUCGUCAAUGCUCCUGCUCCCUCUGGGCCCAAAGCGUCCUCUCCAACAUACGGCCAAUGGGCUGUGUUCACUGUUGCGGCUCCGCUCGUCAGCGCGUUCCAACAUGAUGGCGGAAAGGAGAGUGUCUUGAAAGUUCAGACUACAGGCGAGGGUGAACUCGAAGACCUAAUAGACGAAUUCUCGGACGGUCGGAUCCAAUUCGCUUUCGUCAAGGUCAAGGACCCAAAUACAACACUGCCGAAAUGUGUUCUUAUAGCCUGGUGCGGCGAGGGUGUUCCGGAGCGGACUAAGGGUUACUUUGGCAGCCACCUAGGUGUUGUCACAAAGCUUCUUCAUGGUUAUCAUGUUCAAAUCACUGCUCGAUCCGAGGCGGAUCUGACUCCUGAGAGGAUCAUACAAAAGGUUGCAGAUGCCUCGGGUGCCAAGUACUCCGGCGGUCCUACCAUUCCCUCGUCCGGUGGACCACCACCCGUCGCUGCGAAGAAGCCUGCUUUCACGCCCACACAGGUGGGAGGCGGAGGUUCAGGGUUUAAUCCUCUGGGGUCCAGGUCCAGAGCACCUGCGCCUAGCGGGGAUGUUGACAAUGACGGCUGGGGUGCGGACGCACCUCCUGUCACCCGCACACAGCUUGAAAGAGUCCAACCUGCCUACCAACCCACCAAGGUCAAUAUGGCGGAACUUACUUCGAAGAAACCCGAACCCUCGCGCUUCCAAGCCCCUGAGCGGCAGGAAACCCCUCCUGAUGUUGUCAAAGGCGGAUACCAGCCUGUUGGGAAGGUGGAUAUUGCGGCGCUGAGGGCCCAGGCCAAGGCACAGGGACAGGAUGACAGGCCUACUGUAGUGAAGGGCGCAUACGAACCCGUUGGCAAAGUUGAUAUUGCUGCUAUCCGCGCCAAGGCUCAGGCCGCCCCUGAGCGACCCUCUCCACCCCCUGCUGCUGGCAACGAAGGGGAAGCUCCCAAGUCGCUAGCCGAGAGGGCAGCAGCCUUCAAACAGUCCGAGAGGCUCACCACCCUACCGAAGCCCAAGGUUGCAAACAAGUUUGGAGGUGCCAGUACGUUCACCGGGACGAAGGCUCCAACGCCGGUCGCUUUUGGUGCUAAGCCUGUCGUGCCUGCCGCCCCUGUUGGCACCGCGAGCAAAACGUUUGCGGAUGAAGGAGGGAAGACUCCCGCGCAGAUUUGGGCUGAGAAGAAGCGCGCUCAAGGAGGCAAUGUCAUCUCUCCUUCCAACACAGGUGGAGUUUCGCCUUCGUUGCCAGUGCAGAAGAGCGGAGAAGGUGGCUGGAAGAGCGGUUACACGGGUAAGUCGUGGGCGCCAGUGCAGACAACACGAACAGGUCAGUCCGCUACAAGCAACCUGAGCGACCAGCGUACGGGCGAGGAACCUCGACACGAAGAGCCUUCCGCUCCUGCGCCACCUCCUAUGGAUUUGUCAAGUAAGCCGAACGCUGGAGCUCGCGGAGUCCCCAUACCCGGACUUGCACGUCCUGCGGAACGAGAAGAAGAGGAAAUUCCUCCAGUCCAGCAUCAACAUGUGCCGUCACCGCCUCCCCAGCCCCGAAGCCCCUCGCCGGAACGCCGCAGCCCGUCGCCAGAGCCUGCCGGCUCCCCUGUCCGCAUCGCUAUGCCUGUCGCUCGCGGCAGACAACCCGAGGAGAUUACUCCAGCCCUACAUGAAGAGGAGGCUCCUCCUAUGCCAGCCCGUUCGCUCAAUCAAGCCGCCCAACAAGCCCGCGACGUCUCCCCCGAGCCCGAGCCCAAAGUCCAAGCGCAGGAUCCCGCCCGUGGCGCUGGUGCAGCGGUAGCUGCCGCCACCUUCGGCGCCGCCGCUGUGGCCGGUGCCUCCGCAGCAGCCGGUAGUGGCACCGGGAAACGCGCCUUGAUCCAGUACGACUACGAGAAAGCCGAGGAUAACGAAAUCGAGCUCCGUGAAGGCGAGUACGUGACCAACAUCGAGAUGGUCGACGAGGACUGGUGGAUGGGCCAGAAUUCGCAGGGGGAGACGGGCCUCUUUCCUUCGAACUACGUCGAGCUUGUCGAAGACGAUGAGGGUGGCGCUGAAGCGGAUAGUGGCGCGGCUGCUCCUCCGCCCUUGCCUACGCAUCCCUCUGCCGCGGAGGAGGCCCCGCCUGCGGCGCCGCCGCAACCCGCUGGGCAGAGCGAGGGGCCGACGGCUACGGCGCUGUAUGAUUAUGAUGCAGCGGAGGACAACGAGUUGAGUUUCCCCGAGGGAGCGAAGAUUACGCAUGUGGAGUUCCCGGAUGAGGAUUGGUGGCUGGGUCAGUAUAAUGGCCAGUCUGGGUUGUUCCCGGCGAAUUACGUACAGCUUGAUGAGUAAGUCCGAGGGCGGUUGGGGGAGAUUUUGGGGUGUCGAGGGCGCUGGGAGAGAUCCUAGUUCUGCGGGAUUUAUAGGAAGGCGUCUGGAGGGGUGAGCAUUGCCGCGUGUGGAUGUCGAAUAUGUCUAUGUGGAAGCAGUUGAGCAAGCAAGCAGACAUGUCGAGUAUGUCUAGCUUGGGCGAGUCCGAGCUUCCUGGAAGCAGUAGCAUUAGGCCGUUCAGUCGGAUUAGGGUAGAUAGAUAAGUGCUCGAACAGAAAAUCCCAUUUCACAACCUCC